AUGCUUAGAAUCAUGUUUGUAACUGCAUUGCUAGUAUGCCUUGCUCUGCGGGCCUCUGCGCUUCCCACCAUUUCCGUCAAGGGCGCCAAAUUCUUCGCAGGCGGCAACCAAUUCUUCCUCAAAGGCGUUGCGUACCAAGGAACCCCCAACGACCCCCUCGUCGAUACCAAACAAUGUCAACUCGACGCUGCGGCCAUGCACUCCAUCGGCACCAACUCGAUUCGCGUCUACCAUGUUGACCCUGCUGCCGACCACCAAGGCUGUAUGUCUGUCUUCAGCGACGCUGAAAUCUACGUCUGGCUCGAUGUCGAUACCUUUACCUCAUACAUCAUCCAGACCGACCCAAAAUGGACCCAGGAGCAAUUCGCGGCCUAUGCCAAGGUCGUAGAUACUUUCCAGCAGUAUGAUAACUUGGGUGGCUUCUGGAUCGGCAACGAGGUCAUCAACAAUCUUGGUGGAUCUCCAGCUGCGCCGUACAUCAAGGCCGCUGUUGCUGAUAUGAAGGCUUACUUGACUGCAAAGUCUUAUCGACAAAUCCCGAUCGGAUACUCUGCCGCUGAUAUUGCUGAGCUUCGUCCCAUGCUGCAGAACUACCUUGCUUGUGGUGAUGCCGACCAAGCUAUCGACUUCUUCGGUCUAAACUCUUACGAAUGGUGCGGCGACGCGACAUAUCAGACUUCCGGGUACGGCGGCCUUCAAACCAUGACUCAAGGCUACAGCAUCCCUAUAUUCUUCUCUGAGACUGGUUGUAACGUCGGUGGCGAUCGCACUUUCGCUGACCAGAAGGCCAUCUUCGGACCUGACAUGAUCGGUACUUGGUCCGGAAGUAUUAUCUACGAAUGGGUCGAGGAGACCAACCAUUACGGCGUUGUGACCUACCCCAACGGCGAGAUUUACAGCGGCGCUCCAAUUCCGAUGCAACCCGACUUCGAUAACCUCUCCAGAGUCUGGAAGAGCAUCACUCCUACCGGUGUAUCGGAGGGGAGCUACACACCCUCGCUCGUUGCGCCGGCUUGUCCUUCAGCAACUGGAGGAUGGAUUGUUGAUGGCGAUGUUCCACUUCCAAGACUCGGUGCCAGUAUUAUUAAGGCCGUUGCAGCUGGAGCCUUUGUACCAAGCUCAAAGCCGAGCUCAGGCACGAGCCCUCAGCCAACAGGUAUGCCCGCAAUUUCCUCAUCGUCUACCAGUCUAUCUACUAGGCCUUCUACUACUGCCUCCUUUGCUGCAACAUCUUUCCCUCCAGAUUUUUCCAAACCAGUCUCUACAUUCAAGAAUAGCAUGCCGACAUCUUCAACUGUAGUUAAAGUCACCUCCGCAUACGUUGCUACGAGCACUUCCACCCGAAACACUCUCAUCAUAUCCAUCACAUCCGACUCAUCGAUCACACCCGCCACAAAAUCUCAAUCACAAGCCGCCCUCUAUGAACGAGGCGGACCAGGUCCUUUCUGGGGUCAAUCGUCCAUGAAAACUCAAAGAAGUCUGCCUAAGCCGUCGACCGACGUCGAGCAGAGCGGUUUCGCUAUAGGGGCCCAGUCCACGAAGGGAACCACAAUAGUGUCUCGUCCGCCAAUGACUACUCAAGCCCCAGAUAUAGGUUCACUUCAAGAGAAGGAUGGCAUCGAUUCUCAAGAUUUUCUCUUCGCGGCCCAGACCCCGACGGUAUCUUCUGAUACUACAGUCGCAGUCACAGUCCCCCGCUCCUCUUCCAGUACCACCCACUCUACCUACACGCAUAAAGAGAAGACUGCCCUACCUCCCGUCUCACGGGACAUGAUCCCCGAAGGAGUUCCCACCCCCACAGAUUCCUACAUGAUCACGGUCACAACGAUGCCGCCAGAUCUUACUAUUCAUACUGUUGUCGCGAGUUUCAAUGUUUUAAAUCGGGCCAACGAAACCUGGACUGUUUCUCCUUCAACGAGCUCGAAUUUGAGUAGGAAAUAUACUAAUGGAGGCAAAUUAGAGAAAACUACUUCUACCAGUGGCACCGAAACCCAGGAUGCCACAAGCACAGGCGCUGCUCCUGCAGCAACGAUCUCCAAGUCAGCAGGUAGUGCCUUCCGCGUCGCCACCCCUUCCGGAGUCAUCGCCUAUCUCAACAACCUCGGCGGACACGGCGGAUUCAUCGGAAUGCUCAUCACCACCGUGUCGAUUCUCUUCGGCGUGGUGGCUUUUUUAUAG